GGGGGGGCACGGCAGGGUUGCCCCCGCCGGGGAGGCCCUUGUGCGGAGGGGGAGCGAGGGCAGCGGGGCGACUUGCGUGGCCGGAGCCGCCUCGGAGGGGAUGAUGGGGCCGCAGCGCUGUGGACGGGGGUCAAAGAUUUCUGAGUGAAGAUGAAUUUAGCAGAGAUUUGUGAUAAUGCCAAAAAAGGGAGAGAAUACGCACUGCUUGGGAACUAUGACUCUUCUAUGGUAUAUUACCAGGGUGUCAUCCAGCAAAUCCAGAGGCAUUGCCAGUCGCUAAGAGAUCCAGCAAUAAAAGGCAAAUGGCAACAGGUUCGACAGGAAUUAGUUGAAGAAUAUGAGCAAGUUAAGAGCAUUGUCAACACUUUAGAGAGCUUUAAAAUGGACAGACCCGCAGAUAUCCCUGUAUCCUGUCAAGAUGAGCCUUUUAGAGAUCCUGCUGUUUGGCCUCCUCCUGUUCCAGCUGAACACAGGGCUCCACCUCAGAUAAAACGUCCCAACCGAGAGGUGAAACCAUUGAGGAAAGAAUCACCAGGACUGCAGCCCCGUGGGCCUGUCGGCAGAGCACACGCGUUAUCCAAGGGUGAGAAGCCUGCAGGCAGCCGUGAAAGGGAAUCUAGAGCUAGAGGAAGAGAUGACAAGGGAAAGAAAAUACCCCAGGAAGUUGGUGAUGGGGAAAUUCCAAAAUUUGAUGGAGCAGGUUACGACAAAGACUUGAUUGACGUUCUUGAAAGGGACAUUGUAUCAAGAAAUCCAAGCAUUCAUUGGGAUGACAUAGCAGAUUUGGAAGAAGCCAAGAAAUUAUUAAGGGAAGCUGUUGUUCUUCCAAUGUGGAUGCCUGAUUUUUUCAAAGGGAUCAGAAGACCUUGGAAGGGUGUGCUGAUGGUUGGUCCUCCUGGCACUGGCAAAACAAUGCUAGCGAAAGCUGUUGCUACAGAAUGUGGAACAACAUUCUUCAAUGUGUCUUCCUCUACCCUGACAUCUAAAUAUCGGGGCGAGUCUGAGAAGCUGGUCCGCCUCUUGUUUGAAAUGGCAAGGUUUUACGCUCCAACAACGAUCUUCAUUGAUGAGAUAGAUUGUAUCUGCAGCCGCAGAGGCACGUCCGAUGAACAUGAGGCGAGUCGCAGAGUCAAGUCAGAGCUGCUUGUGCAAAUGGAUGGGGUAGGUGGUGCUCUGGAAAAUGAUGACCCUUCCAAAAUGGUUAUGGUAUUAGCAGCUACAAAUUUUCCCUGGGAUAUUGAUGAAGCUCUCCGACGGAGACUGGAGAAGAGGAUUUAUAUACCUUUGCCCACAGCAAAAGGCAGAGCAGAACUGCUUAAGAUUAAUCUUCGGGAAGUAGAGCUGGAUCCUGAUAUCAGCCUUGAAGAAAUUGCUGAGAAGAUUGAAGGCUAUUCUGGUGCUGACAUCACUAAUGUUUGCAGGGAUGCCUCUCUAAUGGCAAUGAGACGGCGUAUUAACGGCUUAACUCCAGAAGAGAUUCGUGCACUUUCUAAAGAGGAGCUUCAGAUGCCGGUUACCAAGGGGGACUUUGAGCUGGCUCUGAAGAAAAUCUCCAAAUCUGUUUCUGCUGCAGACCUAGAAAAGUAUGAAAAAUGGAUGGCGGAGUUUGGAUCUGCUUAAUCUCAGUGACAGCUCUCCUUUGCAAGAGUUAUAUGGUUUUUGUUGUUUCCACUUGUGAAAUGAGUUAGAAAUCUUUUUAAAGGUUUAAUAAAAGGUCCGCCUCUGCCCCCAUCCCACCUCCUUCUGGUAACAAGAUAGUUUAAACUCCAAUUGCCUUUAAAGGGAACGAACACAAUAGUGAACUGAUAUUGUAAAAUACAUUUUUUCUCUGAAACAGUAAAAUAAGACAAACAGGAAGGGAAAAAUUGUAAUCUUUUUAUUUUUUCCAAUGAAGAACAGUGUUACUUAAUGUCCUCAUAGUCAUCUUUCAUGGCUGGAAUCAAUAAAUCAGCUGGGGGAUGCAGUUCUAGAGAAGCUAACAAGAGCUUGCUGUACCCACUGCUCUUAAGUGCUACAUUUCUGUUGAGCUGCUGCCUCCACCUCCCUUGAAUGUGGCAUCGAAGUUACUGUUUUAUCUCUUUCUGCUCAGAUGUUUAGAGCAAAGCCUGUGGAUUAAAUGACAUAGCACAGAAAAUGAGGAUCAUCAGGACAUGGGCUCAGCUCUCCUCUCAUGUACACUCAUUUGGACUCACUGUCACUUCAGACUGGGAUGAUAGUAUCUGUGACAACUUCUGGUGGAAAUGAGAAGAAAAGGGACUUGAUUUCUCUCUGUCUGGUUUGUGCUUGACCUCUGGACAUAGUUUGUACCAGUUUGCCCAGUAAACACUUUGAAGUUUGACCAGUAGGCACUUUGACUUAAGUUACACCUUGCACUUUUAUGCUUAUGUAUCAUCCUAUACUUUGUCUGUACUGUCUAGACAUUAUUAUCAUUAUCAUUAUUAUUAUUAUUAUUAUUAUUAUUAUUUAAGUACUAAGAGUUUAAUACAGUAAAGAUGCUAAUAUCAAGGCUGUCUUUAAAACACAAGUCUGUCCUUGAAACAAGUGGCUGUAGACUUCUAUUUCUUCUGAUUAGACAGGAACUCUUUCCUAGCAUUACUAGGUAAGGGAAUUUGCACCUGUUUAUGUUGUAGAACUGCUUGUGCUUAUUUUAUUUUAAUGAAGACUUCUUAAAAAUAUAUAAAUGUUAAUCGAUUUAGGGGAGAAUAAUUGGUAUGUUCUCAUUUAUGUUCUUAUCUGUUUCUUCCCUUCCCACAUACAAGUGCAGGGAUAAGAAGGUUUGGGUUGUAAACUCAAGCUUGAGAAAUCCUCUCUAGACUAAAAUUGUCAUACUGACUAUAUGAGCUUUUCAGAGACUUGGGCUGCGAGUCUGGUAUACAAAGGUUUACUGUGGUAGGAAUGAGAAGGAGAGGUCAAAUUUAGAGAAGGAUGUGUAAGUUCUAAAAUUUCAGGUGAUUUUGUGAGCUACGCCCCAAGUAUCUUGUGGGAGUGAGUUGCUGUGCAGUUCAGUAGGUGUUCUGCCCAUCAGCUCUCUGCUGAGACUCGUAAUGGUAUAGCCAGAUGCGGCAAACCGGAGUGAGAAACAGAUAAUACCUCCCCUUGAAUUGGACCAUAUCCUGAUUUGCUCCUUUUUGCUAGUUCCUGGAAGUUCCAAAUAAUGUCACUAAUUCAGCACACUGGUCUCUUGGGCCGUGACAUAUUAACCACUAAGGCAAAUGCUGCUCAAAUGUGUUCACUGUUAAAUAGAGAAGACUGUUAGUAUACAUUCAUGAGAGCUCCGCAGCAUCUAUCGGAUUACAUGAGUGACUUUUGAAGCUGUUUAACCACUGCUGCUCUAUGUGUCAGUAUUCCUUUGUCUUUCUUUGUAUGUGAUGGCCACUUCUCAGAUUGAUCCUGACAUUUUAAAGGGCUGUUCCAAUUUGAAUGGAGAAACAUGACAGAGAUUCUGUCAGUGUUGCAUUUGACAUGAAACUCAUGGCUUUAGAAGUGUGUUUCCGUGUGGCACUCCAGAAAAAUACCUUCUGGGGCCCCAAGACUGUUUGAGAAACAGCCACUGUUCAUGUCUUUCCAAGGACAGAGCAUCUCCCCUGCCCAACAUUAGGCCCUGUUACACUCCUGGACUGGUACGUUAGUGCAGCAAGGGAGGAAAAAAGGUCCAGUUGCUUCUUUCCUGACCAAUUUGAACUAACUGCACAAUACAGCCCCUGGGCUUCCCCAAACUAAAAGGCACGGUUCUCUCUGCAUUGGAAGACUGGCAAGCAGAAGCCACGUUGACUCUCUUGGUUUUGGAUAAGUUCCUACCAGAACGUGUCUGUUCCUCCUGGGAAAUAAAUGGACCUUUACAAAGAGAAAGGUUUGAAAACACUGGCACAGUCUGUCAUUUCUUCCUUAUGAAAGCUGUAGGCUGCAGCCGUUACUGGUUUUGUGUUUAUUUUAUUGCAGUAGAAAUUAGUAAAGUUACACAAAUCUUUUGUGGCCAGUGCCAGAUUAGCAGUUGAGGGCCUCUCACUAGAGGCCAUCACUGCCUGAGAAGCUUAGUUUACAGAAGCAAGAUCUAGAACGGAAUAGACAUGACUGCUAAUAACUGUUCAGCUACCCAAGAGCAGUGCUUGGAUUCAGCAUUUGCUGCUUAGAGUGGUCCAAGUACCCCUUUUCUGUUUCCUAUUGCAAGCAGCAGUGCCCUACCUGCUGAUAAAAAAAGCAGUGUUGAGCAAAAGCAUUGUUCCUUAGCUCUUUGAUGAACCUUCUAUUUUCAGAUGUUAAACUUUCCUCUUGGAUGUUAUGCAAAAUUCACUGUACCGGACAUGCCCUCUAAUAAGAAUUAUUCAGCUGCUGUGGUCUUUUUCUCUAAAGGUUGUGAUUUCUACCCCAAAUAUAUUUUUCAUAUACAGGUCCAUUCAUCCUUUACUGCUGCAGAACAGAAAAGUGGAAGUUUCCAGGCUGUGGACGUUUAUAUGUACAAUGGUUGUGCCCAAGUACUACACCCUUGACUUGGGUCCUGCUAGAUCAGGUGUCCUGCAGGAGAGACCAUCCCUUCCCUGCUGAGACUUUUCAGGAUGACCCUGUAAGCUGACCCUUAUGUCUUUACUAGUCACGCUGGUGCACUGGCUUUGGUGGGCUUGGAGGCUGGGUUAUUAACUCCAGAGGGGAGCUGGCAGUGGGGUGGAGCAAGGAGCAACCGGGGAAGGAAAGCCAGCCCAACAGCUCCAGCAACUCAAGAAUUAUGGCUCAGCGUAAGUCCAGUUCGUGUCGCACUUGUGGAAAACUUUGUGGAGGGAUGUUGGGUUCCUCAGAGAGCAAUGUACGAGCAUCUUACAGCCUGCUGUGACAGUUUGUUCAGUCUUUGUCUGUCUGUGUAUGAGAUACAUGCACACACGUGUAUGGGCAUAUAUACGCACACAAUCUGUGGUGCUUCUGUAGUUUGUACCUAAGUUACAUAAAAAACAUGUUUUAAAGCUGUGUUUACAUGUCUCUUUAUAAACAUCUGUGAAGGCCCUCUUGGGUGGCACUGUUAAUUUUUGUACAAUAAGCAAUGCAGUUGUAUGAAAUAAUAAAUGUAUGUGUAGAGUCUGUCUGGCUCAGGCUGGGUUGUGGAUGCUUUGCUGCUUCCAAAGGCUGCUACGCAAUGCAAAUCUUUUCAGCAUGUCGUGGUGGGGUUGGACUCAACGGAGCCCUGGAUGGAGAGCAGUUAAAGAGUCUGGUUAUUUUGGAUAACGCUGUCAGCAAUGUUUCCCCCUCUUAAAUUGGCCUUUUGUUGCCACAAGUUAUUAAAUGAGGAACACUCCAAAGCCUGGAGCGUAGGGAAGAGGCCCCAGCAGAUGUUCGGCGUUAGCACCUGGUUCAGACCUCACAGAGCUGGUCAGGCUUUUUCAUUACUUGCCCCUGGGCUGGAAGCGUAAUCAGGCUCCAGAGAAGCUGUACCAUCAGCUACCUGCUAACCAGGAAACUUCCAAGAGCAAAACUUCUGUUAGGAAACAGCUUUCAAACUUGGAAAGAGACUUAAGUGUCUUGGGACUGAGUUGAUUAUUUGAAUUUUCUCCCUAAGGAUGUGUAGUUUCCCUGUGUUUCAUCAUGCCUCAGGCAUGAAAGUGAGAGCAAGGGAAAUUGCUGAUCAAGGGAUUUCAGGAGAGGUCAAAUCUUUGCAUAGAAAGUUCAGCUCAUGCCAGUUUAAAAGAGACUGGAAUAGCAACGGUGCACUGACUUGUUCUGAUCAUGGUGAAGAUGAAAGAGCUUGUGUGCUGUAAAGCAGACCUCCGUCAAGUGAGCAAAGACUUUGCUGUACAAUCCAGGCACGAGGAGCUGGAAGCAGCAGAGGAAAUAGUGAAAUUUUUUUGUCUG